AUGGCGAGUGAAGGAAUUGAAAUGGAUCAAACAUUAGCGCAAAGGCUUCUAGUUGAAGGUGCUACGUUAGUUGUGUUAAAUGUACCUAGUGAUACAGAAUUUGGAAUCGAUUUAAAAUCCUGGAACACGGGAGAUAACUUUAAAGGUAUCAAAAUGAUUCCACCAGGAUUUCAUUAUGUACAUUACAGUGCUAUAGAUGAAUUUGGAGAAACAGCACCUAAAAUUGGUUUUCUUCAUACGUUUGAGAAAUCGGAAUUUUUAGUCAGACGUUGGAAUCCAAAAGAAGAAGAUCUAAGUCCAGAAGCUGUAGAAGAAGAGACAGUUGAAAGGUUGAAGGAUAAUCUGAAAGAUUUGGACAGAUUUCUAGGAUGUUAUCCUUAUGACAUAUGGAAACAAUGGAAAGAGUUAAUAAAUCAUAUUAGUCCCUCUCUUGUUGAACGCUGUUCACCCAUAUGUGGUUUUGUAAGGUCUGCUUUAGAAUUAGAGCACUGUAGCGAUGCCACAAGACCAAGAGGUGGAGAGUCAAAUCCAAAAAAAAAAAGGAGGAGUGGAAUUACUAUGGAAGAAAAGGAAGAUGAGUUACUUCCAGAUAUGAAACCUAGGCCUGGUACAGAACUUAGGCUUUCUAAAUUACCCGACAAAAAUUAUCCAGAUGGAGCAUCACCAACUGAAGUCACUAAGCAUUUCCUGGAUUCGAGUUAUGCAUUGGAUACUUUUCUUAAUAAAUUGACAGUCCCUAUGGAGAUAAUUGGUGAAGUGCAAUUAGCAUUUAUUUGUUUCCUGGUUGGACAAAGUCUUGAUGCAUUUGAACAUUGGAAAAAGCUUGUGUCCCUUAUCUGUGGUGCUGAUUGUGCAAUAUCGCAACGUCGCGCUAUAUAUAUCGAAUUUAUGAAAACAUUAGAGAUCCAAUUAAUUCACGUACCGGAGGAUAUACUUUGCGAUAUUGUUGUUAAUAAUAAUUUUAUCUAUUCCAGUCUACGUAAACUGUUUGCAAAUAUUGAGGCUAAUUCUGAAUUAGAUGGACGCUUGAAAUCUUACACGUCAAGAUUUUGUGAACGAUUAUCCACUAAGUUCGCAUGGGAUUUUUCUAAUCUACAAGAAGAAGCCGAAGAUGACGCGCCUAUCGUUGUUUCGUUGAAAUAA